AUGUCCACGAAAUCGUUCCCUUUAAUUGUCAUACGGAAGGUGUGCUAUGUAGUUAUGCUAGUCGCUGUUCAGCUCACCACACCCUGUAGAACAUACCGCUUGGAUGAUAGACGCCUCUUUUUGGGAUGGCCCCACUCUCGGAAGCGCGCUCCUCCCCGAAGUUGCCCCCGGGUAAACAUGCUGAACGAAAAAUGUAACUGCAAAGAGUUAGACAAGAAGUAUGACGUUAUAGUCAUAGGGGGAGGACACAGUGGCUGUGAGGCCAGUCACAUAAGUGCAAAAUUGAGAGCGAAAACUUUACUAAUAACUCAGUGUAAAGAUAGCAUUGGCGAAAUGUCCUGCAACCCAUCCAUAGGAGGAAUUGGCAAAGGAAUUCUCGUUAAAGAAAUCGAUGCGUUAGGUGGACUCAUGGGGAAAGCCAUAGAUAAAAGUGGUAUACAUUUUAAAAUAUUAAAUAUAAGAAAAGGCUUAGCUGUUAGGGGGCAUAGAGCGCAAGCGGAUAGAGAUUUAUACAACUAUCACAUGAAGGAGUAUAUGCAUGACACGAAAAAUUUGCACAUCUUAGAGAGCACAGUACAAUCCCUGUUAAUUGAAAACUGCACAAGUGGUGAUUCCCCCCUCAGUGGAAGGCGCGUCUACGGAGUGAAAAAUAAAUGUGCAUGUGAAUUUUACGCGAACAGUGUGGUCCUCACCACGGGAACCUUUCUGGGUGGCGUGUGUCACAUAGGUAAGGAGAAGUACCACGGGGGGAGGAUCAAGCGCAUUUCCAGGGGGAUGCACUGGAAACGGGGGGUACAAAAUGGGGAAAUGUCUCCCACUGGAAUAAGCACUGUUGGGGUGAGCCCCCCACACGAAUGUUCUAUAGCCAAAUGCAUCCCCCCCCAUAGUGACGGAAUAGUGUACACCACGCAUGACAAGCUACAAAAAGAGAGCAAGACCAUUUUUGACCAAUUGGUGGAAUCAUCUACGCAAAGUAUUUCGAACCAGUUGAGGGAACAUCGGUUUGAGAUAAAGAGGAUGAAGACGGGAACGCCGCCGAGGUUACACAUCAGUAGUAUUGACUUCACCUCUCUGGAAAGGGAAGAUAGUGAAAGAGAAAACCCAUUUUAUUUCUCCUUCUUAAACAGCAAUAAGAUUAAUAAGAACAAAACCUUACCCUGUUACAAAACGUACACGAAUGAAAGAACCCACGAGUUGGUUAGAACCCAUUUGAACGAGUUACCUGAUUUCGAUUGCUACGAUAAACUGGGCAAUGGACCAAGAUACUGUCCCUCAAUAGCAAAGAAAGUAACAAAAUUUUCCGAAAAGAAUAAACACGUAAUCUGGUUAGAACCCGAAGGAUUUCACAACGUGCUCAUCUACCCAAACGGUUUAAGUUCUGCCUUCCCCAUAAACACACAGAAGGAGAUUGUAAAUUCUAUCAGAGGAUUAGAAAAUGCAGAAAUUGUUUUCCCUGCUUAUGAUGUCGAAUAUUAUUACGUCAAUCCAAAGUGUUUGAAUUAUACAUUAGAGACGAAGAAUAUCAAGGGUCUAUUUCUCGCGGGACAAAUUUGUGGCACAACCGGAUAUGAAGAAGCAGCUUGCCAAGGAAUUGUCGCAGGAAUUAAUGCUGCAAUAAAUUCCCGUAGUAAUGAUGAAGAAAGGAAGGAGCAAUUAAUUUUGAAAAGAAGUGAAAGCUAUAUAGGGGUUCUCAUUCACGAUUUGAUAAACAAAGGUAUAACGGAGCCUUAUAGAAUGUUUACUUCUAGGGCUGAGUACAGACUGUACCUGAGACCAGACAACUGCGACAUCAGACUUACACCCAUAGCACAUAAGUUGGGAAUUGUAUCCGACGAGAGGAUGUAUAUACUGAGGCAGAAAUAUGCCUCCGUCAAUAGACUCAUUUUUCUCUUUAAGAAGUUACAGUUGAGUAGUUCCUACGAAGGAGAAAAAAAAAAUUCAAGUGAUUCAUGUGGUACAGAUGCAGAGCAUAUUUUUGUAAAGAAUUCCGUUGAGGCAUUUCAAACUGAUGCUAAAAAGAAUGCCCAUCUAGAAUUCACCUCUCGGAAAGGAAACAUAAAUACCUUAUAUACAAUUUUCAGAAGUGGAGUUGAAUACCCUCUCCAUAUUUUGCUUAAAAAAAUACAGGAGGUACAAGGUUGGAAUGAACUACAAAGCUCACUUUUGCCUGAACAAAAUAACAUUGCAAUUUAUAUGGAUAAAAUGAAACACUGCGGAUUGUCUCUUGACGAGAAUUAUGACCUGCUUCUGAACUGUGCCACCCUGGAAACUGCCUGUGCGGAGGUUAAAUACUCUCCCUACUUGACUAAACAGAUCAGAGAGGUAGACAAGAUUAGGGAUAGCUUUGACUUGGUCAUCCCGCCUGAUGUCACCUACGACAGGCUUAACUUUCCCUACUUGUCCAACGAAGAAAUUGAAAAAUUGAAUAAAUUCAGACCGCGCACUUUGCACGAUGCCAACCGGAUUGAAGGCGUGACCAUGAGCGCCAUUUAUUAUUUGUAUUACUACAUAAAAGGCGAGAAAAAUAAGGUUAAAAGAUAG